AUGCCUGCCACCCGAUCAAGCUCAAAGAAGAGUAUGUUAUUCGAUGUUCAUGACUUGAUGAUCACAAAUUGUAUGAUGAUGAUUGAUAAUCGGAAUAAUAAUAAUAACAAUAUUUUGGUUUUCGGAGUAGAUGUUGGAUCUUCAAAAAAGGAUGAUACGCAAAGUACGUCUCAGCCACAACAACAGCACACAUCUUCCGAUGAAGAACGUGGAAAGAAGUGGGAAGCAUUAUUGAAAAUGAAAAAAUCCAUCCAAAAACAAAAGAAGAAGAAACAAUUAGCUACUUCCGAUUUGUUAUUGACGAAUGCAUUGCUGAAAAAUCAACAAACUUCUGCCUCACCUUCCUCAUCCUCUGAUAACAUACAGUCAUCUCAUGAUAACACGCAAUCAUCAACAACAUUUAUUUCAUUGGACUAUGCAAGUUCAAAGGUAGAAGGCAAUAUUCAAGCAAUUUUAACAAGCCACUUGUCGCAUCUUAAGAGAGAGUAUAGACAAUGGAAACAAAAUCAAAAAUCAUUAUCUAACCUACAAUUACCCACAAAAACAUCAGACUUAAAUCCUUCAAUGUUUCUUUCUUGCUCUACAGAGACAAUUUCAUGUGACGAGGUUGAUAUGCAUCUAGGAAGAAGAUUUGAAUCACACGAACAAGACAUGACCGAUUCAAAGUUUUCACAACCUUCUCUACUCACAAAAAAGAAGCAUGCACUGUUUACGACUAGCACUUACACCGAGGGAGUGUCGGCAUCAUCUAAUGAAGAAUUGAAUCCAGAGAGCUUUCGUAAAUUAAUAGAAUUUGACAAAUCUAGAGUAUACCUUCUUUUGCAGGAGGAAGGUUCUGGAAAAACCAAGUUUAUUUUGGAUUCUCUUUUAUCUUCGAGCUCCUAUUUACUGACCUUCGAUUUUUCUGUGAACAUGAAAGAAUUUGAACAACGACAUCAAUCAUCAUGUGGAAGUUUUUAUGUUGGGAAAAAGUUCAGUUCCAACACAAAGGGCUCAAAAAACAUUUCAGGAGGAUUUAAUCCAUUACCUAAAGCCCAAAACCUUGUUCAAGAAACAUUUUACGAAAAUUUGGUUCAAAAAUUUAUGUCAACCUCUGAUGAGACAAGACAGUUCAUGCACCCAACAGAACAUUGCAAAAAUUUCUAUAUUGUCAGAAGAAGCUUUCUCCUACUUAUUUAUGUGCAUAUGCUUGACCUGUUAGCAUACCUUCAAAUGAAAAAAGAUGCAACAAAAUUGUUAGAAGAAAUGCCAGCCACCCCUACAACCUCAACAGAACAAUUUGCUAGGCCAACCAGACGAACAACUCGUCAAAAAGCAGACGAAUCAAUUUCUAGAGAAGAGCUUCAAGAGCAAGGAGAGGCAUCUCCGUUGGAUUAUUAUUUGUUUAGAAAAUAUGAGAAUUCGUCUCUCACAAAAUUGUAUAACAGUGUGCUUUCAGGAAUGAACACAAAGUUCACCUCACAACAAUUUUGUCAAUUCCUAAUUGAUUAUUUAUUGGGUAAUUCUCCAAAAAGCGAAAAGGCUAAGAUUAAUCUCGUUUUUGACCAAAUUCAAGAAUUAAUCGAUCCUUCUAGGUUUUUGUACAUUUACAAAUCUAGAUUUGACCAUGAUGGGUGCCAAACACUGGCACCGAAUCAAGUGAAUUCUAAUCUCAAUCAACAGUCCCAUAGUUUUGCUUCUCAUAUAUUUGGAAAUGCGUAUGGAAGUGGUAGCGCAAUGGUGAGCGGUGGGAAUGCAAGCUCUAGCUAUCAAUCAAUUUUAGAACCAAUCAUGGAUGCCAUUCAAUAUUUCUCAAAGCAUUCAGAUGCUGUUUCGAGAAUAAUCAUUGGAAGACCUUUUGUUGAGUCAUCUGGCUCUAUUUUGGAACCAGCUACUCCAUCACGUCCAAGAAGAGCAGCGAAAACUCCUAAACAAUAUGUGAAGGAAAGAAUAUCAUUAAUGCAACACUUACCAUUAAGAGAAUGUGAAAUUAAGAUCAUUCCAGAUGUAUACAAAUUUUAUGAGAGUAUUGAAAAUAUUAAGAGUGUAAUACGAUAUUAUUUCCCUAAUGUGAACUUUACAAAAGAAAUGUCCGAAGAUUGGGAAAAAUUACUUUCUGCUUCAGCAGAUUUCACACAAUCGAUUACUUUCAACAGCCACUUCAUGUUUGACAAAUUUAUUGGACAUUUAUUACAUCUACAGUUUAUUCAGCUUAAUUCCAAAAAAGCUGCUCGCAGAGACCCCCAAGCAGCAGGUGAACAAGAAUGGUUCGAAGAGAAUGCAAAAAAGAUUCUUUACUCGAAUUAUCCAUCAGUAUUUGCCCAGCAAUCUUUGGACGUGAGUUUUGAGAAGAAAAGGAAACGAAAUUCUGUUGCUGUUGAGGAAGAGCUUAACUUUGAUGCAUUACCAUCAGAAGAUGAAUGGGAUUUUUCUGAUGAAGAAAGUGAAAGUAAGACUCACAUAGAAUCUACUCCAAGCACACCUCCUCCUGUCACUUCACCAAAAAAGAAAAAGACACCAAGCAAGAAGGAAUCUAAAAAGAAGGAAUCAAAGGAAUCACCAGAGAAGGAAAAAAAGGCCAAUGAAUCAAAGUCUCCCAAAAAGAAAAAGACGACAAGUGAGUCCAGCUCACAACCAGUAAUCGUUUCCAUUGAGCAAAACAACACACUUGUGCAAGAAAUUAAGAUUGCUCCUUCCACUCUUCCGUCUCGCAAAAGCGAAGAACAAUCACCAUCCAAAUCCUCAACUCGAGGACGCAAGUCAAAAACCACUCCAAGAAAGAAAAAGUCUAGCAAGGAUGAACAAAGCACUGAAGAGAAAUAG